AUGGCCUUCGCACGCAAAGACGCCCUCCCCGAAGAGUUCGAGGCAGAGCACGGCACGAUCGACCUCACAGACGACACCAAGCCCGCGACGGGCGGAGCUGGAGGAGAUGACGGAGAGGACGAGGACUUGGAUCUGGAGCGCGCAAAGCAGAGGGUCUGGUUGUGCAAGGUCCCCCGCUUCCUCCUCGAGACAUGGCAGCAGGCGCAGAGCGAAGGCGAGAUCCUCGGACGACUGCGAGUAUGGGAUGAAAAAGACGCUUCCGGCCAACCGAAAAUCGCCGUGAUUCUUCAAGACUCUCCCUCGUCCUCAUCGCUACCCACUCCCGGUCCUUCCUCUUCGCGCGACUCGAAACCCGACAUCAAAGGCAAACGCCCUGCAAACUCGGAUGGCGUCCCGACCGAGUACAAGUUGACGAUGCAGAACAGCGAGAGUCGGAACUUGUUUGUGUUUGGGGAAAAGGUGGAGGAGGUGAUGGAAAGUGGAGAGGAGGGCGCGAGGAAGAAGCGGCGCAUCACCUCCCUCCUCGGCACCGUCGCACACGAAUGCUCCCUCACCCCUUCGAUCUCCUCCGCCGACGCCUCCGCCGCGUACGCCCGUAUUCUCCGCGAGCGACAACGCAAAGCCGCCGAGCCGAUCCGGACGCUCAAGAGGCUCGAGGUGGACGAUGCGACGGCUAACAGGCUUGCCAGUGGCAUGGGCGCGGCGGGAAUUAAGGGCAGGGUGGCGACUUUCAACAACACCUCGAGCAAGGCAAAGCCCGGCUCGUCCGCCGCCUCGCAGCGCAACACGAAGAUGGAGAAGCCCGCCUUGCUCGACGAGAUUUUCACGCGCUUCUCCUCUGCACCAUACUGGUCCUUCCGCACUCUCAACGACCACCUCCGCCAACCGCAGACCUACCUCCGCGAAGUGCUCGGCGAAGUCGCGCACCUUGUCCCGAAGGGCCCGUAUGCGAACAUGUGGGCUCUCAAGCCGGAGUUUAAGGGUACGCAGGGGGUGAGGAGUGUGGGUGCGGCAAAUGCGGGACCGGGUGGGAGCACGAGUGCGAGUUCGGGCAGGACGGAGGCGAGAGCCGGGGUCAAGCAGGAGACGGAGGCGAUUCUGGGGAACGUGCCGGCUGUCAAGAAGGAGGAGGGCGGGGACGAGUAUGGCGGUGGAGACGACGACUCGGACGACGACCUCGAGAUGGUGUCGUAG